AUGCCGCUUAAGAGCCUGCUUGCUAUCGUCCUCAUAUCAUGGAGCACUGUCACCAGCACUUCGCCAACUGACCGAGAUGAGCUCCGGUACCGAGAUGCCAAGCCGUUUGUCCACCCGGGCGCCUUACACACUAUCAUGGACAUAGAAAGAGUCCAAGAACACGUUCAGGCGGAAGAGCAGCCUUGGUACCGAGCUUGGCAGCACCUGGAGUCCACAAAGCUGGCCCAGAUCACUUGGGCCCCCACGCCUCAGGAAAUAAUUGUACGUGGCACGAACACCACACUCGGUCUGCCGGAAAACUACGCUUACGCGUACCGCGAUGCCCACUCUGCUUAUCAGCUAGCUCUCCGAUGGUUGAUUGGGGGCAACAUGUCCUAUGCGGAUCACGCAGUCGAGAUCUUGGAUGGCUGGAGCUCCACCUUGGUAGACAUCAAAGGCAGCCCCGACAAAUACCUUGCGGCAGGUCUUUACGGUUACCAGUUUGCGAAUGCAGCUGAGCUUCUUCGAGAGUAUCAAGGUUGGCCAAAGACGAAUCAAGAAGCUUUUGGUGGGAUGCUGAACGACAUCUUCGCGGUCUACAACAGGGGUUUUCUCGACCACCACAACAACCAGCCAGACUUCUACUACGCAAAUUGGGACCUUUGCAAUAUCGCUUCCUUAAUGGCGAUCGGAAUCUUCAAUGAUAACAAGACGAUGUACGACUACGCCGUGAAAUACUUCAAGGAUGGGCUACCUGGCCAGCCUGAAGUUGUUGCUAACGGCGCAUUGCCGUAUUUCUCUAUUGCUAACUUUACAGAAGACGGCACCAACAAAACUCUUAUGCAGAUGCAGGAGUCAGGGCGCGACCAGGCUCACUCUCUUCUCUGUAUCUCUUUGCUGGGGGUCAUUGGUCAACAGGGUUGGAAUCAGGGUGUGGAUCUCUACUCAGUUUACGGGCAUCAGGUCCUAAAUGCUGCCGAAUACGUCGCCAAGUAUAACACAAACCACACUGUACCAUACACACCCUACCGUAGCUGGGAAGGCGUGCUGGAAGUUGUCGCUGAGAAAGCCCGCUUUGACGUCAGGCCUGGGUACGAGGCAAUAUAUUCCCACUUCGCUGAGAUCAAGGGUCUUGACGCUUCCUGGGCGCUAGAGUAUCGUAACUUUGUGAACGGAAAUCUUACUGAGAAUAUUGAGGGUGGUGGAGGUGACUACAGUCCGAAUUCCGGGGGGUACGAUUCUCUUGGACACGGUACAUUGCUGUAUCGUCUUGUGGAGGAGGAUUGA